UAUAACUCAGCAAGACAACAUUUCGACUUAGUGUCAUGUUUGCUAUUAGUAAUUAAUAACAAUGUUUUCACGUUUUAAUUAAUGUAAUUUAUUUAUCUCUACUUCCUGUUUUUUUUCAUCUACAUAUAUAUAUAUAUAUAUAUACAUUGAAAUUAGUAACAAGUUCAAGCCUCAUCAAAAAUUAGUCAAGGCCAAGAAAAAGAGAGAAGUUGAUUUUCGUGUAUUAAACUAUUUUCAGCGUGAAAAACUACCAAAAUGAUCUCCCUCGACUCUCUCGAUUCUCUGAAAUUAUUUGCUGUUGACCCUAAACAGAGAAGUAUGCUCCUCCAGGACAAAACAUUGAUUGAUGGACUUGUUCUUCUACUUAGCAAUGAAUCAGAAACUGUGAUAAUAUCAACAUUGGAGAUCUUUCUUCUGUUAUCGGAAUGUCCAGAAGGUAGAACCCAACUCAUUGAGAAUAAUUACCUUCAAAUGCAACUUGAAGAAAUCCUCCAAUCUCCAAAUGAAGAUAUUUGUAAUAAAGCUAUGAAGCUAUAUGAAGCUCUACAGAACACUCCUGUUGUCAACCCUGCUAAAACUAAUAUUUAUCAAACUCCUAAAAAUAACAGAAGAAGUAAUCUAUCCAAAACUGAUCAUUCUUCUAGUACUCACAACAGUAAAUACAAAACAAUACUGUUCCAAUUAAAAGGACUUUUUGAUAAGCAUGAUCGUGAAUUAUGUACCUGUCUCCUUAUCAAAGUUAAAGGUGUCAUCAGCAUAAUCUUUGAUAUGAACAAAUCCCGUUGCACCGUGAGGACUCUUUCAAAAGUACAACCUGAGGUAUUAGCUGAAGCAAUAGCAAAAUCUCAAACUAUGUCAGCACAGCAGAUUGUAAAAAAUGAACUUGGUGAAGAGGUUAUAUUGCCAUGCAGCAGCGACCAAACUGAUGUCAGUACUGAUGGGCCCGACUAUUUGGAUGAUGUUGAAAGUCCGCUGGCUGAUGACAAAGCUGUUUGUCGUACCGAGAGCUCGAAUAACAGAUUUUACUCUGGAAGCUGGUUACGCACUGCAGCUAAUUAUUUCUCCAAUUCGUUCUGGUGAUAAUGAAACACACACACAUACACACACACGCAAGAAAAAAGGAAAACUCUGCAAACAAUGGAAUUAAGACUGCUACUGAAACAUACACUCUUAGUAGGAUAACAACUGCUACAGCUUGUGGUUUAAAUAAAUUUUUAAUGGAAAUAUAAUUGUGGCCUUGCUAGGAUGUUUAUGCUGCAUGAUGCUCUAAGAUACUUUUAUAAUAGACACAUUUAUAAAUCUGUGUCGACUUGUUAUGUAUUAAAAUUAUUUAUUUAUGAUCAAACAUAUCAGCAUAUCAUAUCGUAUCAGUUUAGUAUUAAAUUUUUUAACAUAGACACAUAGCCACAAAUGUUUCUGGAGGAGAGAUGUAUAGAGUUGUUCUAUCGACCCCUAGAAGAAUGAAAAUUAAAGUUGACUUUGGCAGGAUUUUGACUAAAUGCAUGAACAAUCAACAGCUAAAUAACUCAGCAUUUUGUAUUUUCUGGUUCUAUCAAUCCACUGCUAUUAGAUAUUAGCUUAAUAUCACUGACAAAUGGCUUGUGUUGUUUCAUUUUUAUAAAUCCUGCAGAUACAUGUAUAUCAUCCAGAUAUUAAGGAUUAACUGUUUUGAUACCAACUUCCUGUUUUGAAGUGAUUUAAAUUAAAACUUUUCCAGCAAAAUUUCAUUUUUGUUAAUUUGUCUCAAACACCACUUUGAUAAUGACAAAGUUAUUUUACUAAAUGAUCUAUUUAUUUUUUUUCUUAUUUUAGUCAUUGUACUGCAACCAUGCUGGGGUACCACCUUGAAGGGUUUGGUCAAAUAAAUCAGCCCCAGUACUUAUUUUUUCCUUUUUAAGCUUUUGUUGAACCAUGAAGUUACCGCGAUGUAAACAAACCAACACCAUUUGUCAAAGAGUGGAGGUGGGACACACAUAUGCACAAAACAGGCUUUGUUCAGUUUCCAUCUAUGAAACCCAUUUGCAAAGCUUUGGUCAGCUUGGAGUUAUAAUAGAAGACACUUGCCUAAGGUACCAUGCGGUGGGACUGAACUCAGACCACAUGGUUGUGAAACAAGCUUCUUAACCACAUAGCCAUGUCUGUGUAUAUAGAUUCUACAUAAUUGAAACAAAGGCAGCAUAUUUCAACAGAAAUGUGUAACAAAAUGGUUAUAUACAUGAGAGAGAGAGACAGCAAGCAAUCUGUGUAUCAUCAAUCUCGGUGCUCAACUGGUUUUUAUUUUAUUGACUCUGAAAGGAUGAAAAGCAGAAUUUGAACUCAGAAUGUAAAGAUGGACGAAAUAAUUCUAAGCAUUUUGUCCAGCUGGUGCUAUGUCUUUUCAUCCGACAUGACUUCGUCAAACGUCUUUCCGUCCACAUCUUUUUGUCUGAUGAUUUUUGUGGCCAAUGACAAAUCCUAUCAAUAAAAUUCUCAAUGAUUAUUUGAUUUUGAUGUUUACCUUGUUUUCUGAAGAGUUUAUAUAAAAUUGGACAAAAAAAUCAUCGGACAAAGUGACAUCAGAUGAAAAGUCAGGUCACUUGUUCAGCCUGCUAAUGAUUCUGCUUGCUUACUACCUUAAUAAUGGUUUCAAAUUUUGGCACAAGGCCAGUAUUUACAUCAACCCCAGUGCUUCACUGGUACUUAUUUUAUUGACCCCAAAAGGCAAAAGCAACCUCUGUGGAAUCUGAACUCAGAAUGUAAAGACACAAAAUAUGCUAGGCAUUUUGUCUGGCAUGCUAACAACUCUAUCAGCUUGCCACCUUUUAGGUACUCAAUAAUAAUACCAAAAAAAAAAAAAAAAAAAAAAAAGAAACAAAAUUUCCAAUUCAUUUUAUUUGGUUUUUCAGAUUUUAUAUUUUUUGAUUGAAAACAAAAAUGAAUAAUAAUAAUAAAAGAAGUAAUGAUAAGUUGAUGAAUGUUGAAA